UUUUGUUGCGUGAAGAAGCUCUGUCUGUUUUUGGAUUUCUGCCUGAAACUUUGUCUGCCUGUAUUUUGGAUUUGUGUUUUUCCCCUUGCCCUUGUGGAUUCUCCUUUGGACUCGGCCACUGCUUGUAAGUGCGCUCGCGUUUGGUUUAAUAAAUCUUUGAACUAUACCUGCCAGCCGUGUGUCCUGCAUUUGGGUCCUCCAACCUGCCUCACCACACAACCCCUGACAAGAAGUUAUAGAUCUCAAGGCAAGAGGAAGAUUAUUCCAGUCCCAUGGCCCUUUAUAUUAAAACGAUCUACGUCCAACUUCUUUAUAAGUUCUGGGUACACAGAAAAAAAGGGUAUUGCAUGUGUCUGAGUGGAUAUGAAGAUCUACAUGGAAUCAGAUGCUGUUUUAAAUAGAAGGGACAAUUAAAUAAACACAUUUAAAGAUAAUCUGAAGAUUAUAAUCACUGCACAAUCAAAUAAAGUUUCCUGUGACUAAAUGUACUGUUAUUUGUGUCUCGCCUACAGGAAGCAAUGCGCAGUCAGCUGAUUAUCACAGGACCCUGCCUUCCCGUUAUCUCCCCCGUUAUCCUCCUGCUACUUCCUGUUUACUAGAGACAUGACCCCUCUAUAUUGGCGACCUGUCCAGGGUGUACCCCGCCUUUCACCCGAUGUCAGCUGGGAUUGGCUCCAGCCUGUGCGCAGGAUAAGCGGUUGACAGUGUGUGUGUAUUUGGUCAUAAACAAAGUGUUGAUGUCAGAAGUUAUUACAGUUCAUCCUGUGGAGAACAUGAAGGGCUGAAACACAUUUCAUCACAAUCUAUCCGAUAGUUGUUGAUUCAUCCAGACCAAAGAGCUGGACAGACAGACUGACAGGAUCAUCUUUAGAGCCGAGCUCAUGCUGGAUUAAACCACACAGAUGAUAGCACCCAGAGAGAAACAAUACUGUGAACAAACUGGACCCAAAAACAUGAAUAUACAUGAAUUCUGAUUGUUUCCCUCCAGUUUGUGGCACUGCACCGCUCAACACCAGGAUCGUAGGAGGGGCGGAUGCUCCUGCAGGGUCGUGGCCCUGGCAGGUCAGUCUGCAGAGCAACGGAGGUCAUUUCUGUGGAGGCUCCCUGAUCAACAAACAGUGGGUCCUGACUGCUGCGCACUGUUUAAACAGCACCUCACCCGGUCUCACUGUUAACCUUGGCCUUGACACCCUAGACUUUAAUACAAACGGGAUGUCCCGGACUGUGUCCCACGUCAUCCAGCAUCCCAACUAUAAAAACACCACGAAGGAUAACGACAUAGCCUUGCUGCAGCUGUCCUCACCUGUUACCUUCACCGACUACAUCAGACCCGUGUGUCUGGCGGUGGACGGCAGCGUCUUUAACGCCGGGACCACCUGCUGGGUCUCCGGAUGGGGGAGAAUCCAAACUAACGUUUCACUUCCUUUCCCAAAGAACCUGCAGGAGUUGAGCGUUCCCAUUGUGUCCAACAGUGAUUGUAACGUUACCUACGGUGGUAAAAUCACAAACAACAUGAUCUGUGCUGGUGUGACUCAGGGAGGAAAGGGCAUCUGUGACGGGGAUUCAGGCGGCCCGUUGGUGACUAAAAACGGCUCUGUCUGGGUCCAGGCUGGAGUGGUGAGUUUUGGAAGAGGCUGUGCCCUGCCUAAUGUCCCAGGAGUCUACACCCGAGUGUCCCAGUAUCAGUCCUGGAUCGACAGGCAGAUCAGCAUCUCUGGAGCCGCUCACCUGGUUCCCCUCUCGGUUCCUCUGCUGCUGUCCAUCUUACCUGUUCUCGUCUCCUUCUCUGUCCUUUCAUAGAAAGUUUAAUGAUGAUUUAAUUCACCAGGACAGAGUCAAAAUAUCUGUCUGGUUUUUAUUUUUUUUUAUUUUUUUUUUACUUAAGAUUCAUUUACUUUAAAACAAGCAACAAAAUAUUUCCACAUGUUUCCAGUUCUGCUUCUUGUGUUGAAGGAGUUCUACAGAAAAGACUCGAUAGAAGAGAAGAGAGAGAAACUGUAACUGCUGAUUGUUUUCUCCAUUAAAGGUCUGGUGUGUAA